CUUCCGGUCUCCUCUUUCCAGUCAGAGCCAUGCGGUUCCGUUUUUGUGGCGACUUGGACUGCCCGGACUGGGUACUCGCCGAAAUCAGCACGUUGUCCAAAAUUUCAAGUGUCAAGAUGAAGCUGCUCUGUGGUCAGGUCCUGAAGGAUUUGCUUGGGGAAGGCAUUGACUAUGAUAAAGUCACUAAACUCACUGCGGAUGCGAAGUUUGAAAGUGGAGAUAUUAAAGCAAGUAUAGCAGUGCUCAGCUUCAUCCUGUCCAGCGCUGCAAAGCAUGACGUGGACAGCGAGUCUCUGUCCAGUGAGCUGCAACAACUUGGUUUGCCUAAAGAACACACUAUGGGACUGUGCAAAUCUUAUGAAGACAAACACUCCGCGCUCCAGGACAAACUAAGGGAGACAAGCCUGAGGUUGAAUCGAUUGGAGAAUGUGUCCUGGCGCGUCGACUACACUCUGAGCUCCAGCGAACUGAGUGAGGUGAAUGAACCGGAGAUUCAUCUGAAACUGCAGACAAAGGGUCCAGACAGCGCCACAGAAACAACCGUCGUCACUGUCUCGGCAGAAAAGUUCAGAGUCCUGCUCACGGAGCUGAAACAAGCCCAGGCUAUGAUGAAUGCACUGUAAUGAAGAAUAAAGCAAAAUUCCAGAGACUGAUUAAAUUUGGAAGACAAACGGAGCUUACAGAAAUGUUAUUAAACUUCCUGAAGUGCCAUACAUACAUCAUAUCGGGGGGAUGGGUUUGCUUUGUGUUAUGGGUGUAACCAACCGGCCUCUCACCCACUGUCUUUUCAGUCCAACCUUUGAACUUGUGCAGAAUGAAGCAGUUUGAGCUCAUUGGUCACUGUAAAUGCUCUGUAAUUCGACACCCAAGUAAAAACACUGAGAAGUUUGUGUACAGUAUUUUAAUUAGUUUUGUCUAAUUUUACUUUUGUCAUAAAGAACAUUUUUGUUUGUGACUUGUUGAUUUUGUGUUUUUGGAAAUAAACUGCAAAAUGAACUUUGACGAA